AUGGGAUCCAUGAUUCAAAUUCGGCACGUGCCUGACGACGUGCACCGCAAAUUGAAAGCGAAGGCGGCGCUCGAAGGCCUGUCGUUGUCUGAGUUUCUAUUGCGUGAGGUCCAGGCAUUAGCGGAUCGCCCCAGCCCGGCAGAGCUUCGAGAUCGUCUGGCUUCGCGGGCCGCUUUCCAGGGGCACGAAUCACUGGCUGAUACCGUCCGCUCGGAACGCAACGCGCGAUGA